CACCCACACACUCACAGGGCACUGACCUUAUAUGCUGAGUACGAUUUCGAGCAGAUCUGCAGUGUGUCACUCCUCCAGAGACCAACGGCCAGCAUGAAUCUCAAGCUGUUGCUACUGCUGCUCUUUCUGUUUGCUCUCUUUAUCCCUGCACAGUUAAAGAAAGACAAACAAGAUAAACACGACAAGCAUGAGGAACGAGGUAAACAUGGGCACCAUGAUAAACAUGGGAAGCAUGGUGGUAAACACGGAAAGAGAGGCAAAGAAAGACUGGAAAGUCUGAAGGCUGAGUUUAGCAGCUCAGAUGACUCAGAUGAUGAUGAAGAUGCAAACGACUGGCUGUUUGAGCUUCAAGGUCUAAGAGGAAAAUGCAGUCCAAAUCCAUGCCUGAACGGUGGACAGUGUGAGGAAAAAAGAGAUAAAUUCAAAUGCAAAUGCCCAAAGCAGUUUGUAGGCAGAAGAUGCGAGAGAGGGAAAAGGGUUUGUAAGAGGGGAACCUGUGGGGCAGGAUUUUGUCUUCUGACCGCAACUCCUCCCUAUUAUAAGUGCAAGUGUAUUCCACCAUUUGCACCACCAAACUGCAAAACAACUGCUCCAUGUGAACCAAACCCUUGUCAGAAUAAUGGCAAAUGUGUUGAAGACGAGGAUGAUUUUGAAUGUGUUUGUCCGGAUGGUUACAGUGGACAAUACUGUCAAGUUGACCCUAAUGACUGCUAUGAGGGAGAUGAGGGACAGUCGUACAGAGGGAAGGUGUCUGAGACAGAUGAUGGGGAUGAGUGUCUCGACUGGAACUCUGAGAUUGUUCUGGAUAAACGAAUUUUUCCGUCAGGGGCAUCUACUGAAGGCCUGGGACCGCAUAACUUCUGCAGAAAUCCUGAUGGAGAUAAGAAGCCAUGGUGCUUUAUAAAGAAAAACAAGAGACUUCGAUGGGAUUAUUGUAAUGUCAGAAAAUGUCCCACACCUGCAACAACUACCAUAAAAAUAGUGCCCUCUGCUGCAGUUUUUCCCACCACAACUGUAGUUACACAAUAUUUUAUACCAAAAGUAACUACUCUUCAACCAACUGUACCAUCUAAGACAACUGCAGAUACAGACAGUAUUCCACCAGGUGCAACUACUCUACAAUCAACCGUACCAGUUACGACAGAUGGCAAGGUAACCCCGGAGAGCACCAGUUCAGCCAAAUUAACCACUACUCCUGUCCCACCAACCACAUUACCAAAGGACACUACUUCAUCAAGUUUUCUUACCUGUGGUAAACCUGAGCCAAAAAAACAACUAAACCGGAUUUACGGGGGUCUUAAAGCAAUUCCUGGAGCCCAUCCAUGGCAAGUAUCAGUACAGGUUAGGCCAAAAGGAUCCAUACAAGACUACAGACACAUCUGUGGAGGCACGCUUAUCAAGCCUUGCUGGGUGCUAACUGCCGGCCACUGUAUUGGUAAAAAUCAGGAUUACAGAGUUAUUUUGGGAGGACUAAAUCUGAUACAUAAGGAAAAAACAGACCAGACUGUGUUGGUGGAGAAUAUCAUCCUCCAUGAGAAGUUCAACGAAACCCCUGACGUCGUCUACAAUGAUAUUGCUCUAUUAAAACUGAAAGCUACUAAUGGCGAAUGUGCUAAGGAAUCUCAGUUUGUGAAGGCUGCCUGCUUGCCCAAAGAACCUUUUGCAGAUGGAACAGAAUGCAGCAUUUCUGGAUGGGGAGUCACUGAGACGUCAGAGUAUGGCUCUGUGCAUUUGCUUGAUGCACAAGUUUUGCUGAUUUCUCAGGAGGCAUGUUCCAGCAAUAAAGUAUAUGCGGCUUUGGUGGAUGACAACAUGUUCUGUGCUGGCUAUCUCAAAGGAGGAGUGGACUCCUGUCAGGGUGACUCUGGUGGGCCUUUAACCUGUGAGAGAGAUCAAAAACACUAUAUCUAUGGUAUAGUGAGCUGGGGAGACAGCUGUGGCGAGAAGAACAAGCCUGGUGUCUAUACCAGAGUCCUUAAAUAUUUGGACUGGAUCAAUGAAAAAACUGGUGGGCCACAGUAGCAUAUCCAUGAAAGAUUAGCCACCAGCCAUGCUUUGUACUCAUUCGCUUUGUAGAGUCUGAGAUAAUUCUUCUGAUGAAUUAAUCAUAUCUUGUGUUCAUUGGGAUAAAUAUUUCAUUUUAUUUUAAUUUUAAAAUACACAAAUAUCUUCUGGUUUCAUUUUUAGUUCAAAAUAAAUGCUGUUAAUUUGAAUUCUGAAAAGAAAUGCAUCUCAGUUUCCACAGAAUAUUAAGCAGCACAAUUGUUUUUAACACUGACAUUAAUAAGAAAUGUCAACUGAGCACCAAAGCAUCAUAUUAGAAUGAUUUCUAUAGGAUCAUGUGACCCUGAAGACUGUAGUAUUGAUGCUGAAAAAUCGCAGGAAUAAAAUACACUAAAUAAAUGUAACACAUUUAAAAUAAUAAAAUAGAAAACUGUUCAUUUGAAUUGUAAUAACAUUUCACAAUAUUUUUGUUUUACUGUAUUUUUGUCAAAUAAAUGCACCCUUGGUGA